AUGGGAAAGGGCACAUACGUGACUGGAAUCACUGGUUUCAUCAACGGCAAGGAUAAGAUGGCUGCCUAUUACAUUUCCUUGUUGAUUUUGUUGUGCAGGAUUAGUUCUGUGAACGGAAAUGGUGGAAAUUCCAAUAACUGUCGUCCUACAAGUCACGAUAUUAUUGGUCCAUAUUAUGUCCCAAAUCCACCUCGACUUCUACAGUACUGUACGGGGGAUCCCGAACGACAUCAACAUGAACGCCUGUUCGUUCACGGAUAUGUAUACAAGAGUGACUGUUCAACGCCCAUGACCCACACCCGGAUUGACGUAUGGCAGGCUGACCUCUCGGGUAACUACACCCUCGAAGCGCGGUGUCGUGGCUACCUCAGGACAGACUCUCGUGGGUAUUACGAGUUCUCAACCCUUUACCCAGGCAAAUAUCACUUAUUCAGCGACGCAAAUCGCCCAGCUCAUAUUCACUUCAAGGUAUAUGGAAAACGUCGCCAUAAGACUCUCAUAACACAACUUUAUUUCGCAGGAGACUCGAGUCUUGGAACCAACGAUCCUUGUACAGUGUGUAGCUCUGAUAGGGAGGAUCUAAUCGCCAACGUGGAAUACUAUUGUGAACCAAAUGACCAUUCGGACUGUAUUCAGGUGGUCAGAUUUGACAUCACUUUGGAGAGGGGGAGAGGUGUGUCACAGACUUAG